AUGGUCGUGCUCAUCGCAAUGGACAUUGGCUGCACUGCAUUGGAGAUGCAUCUACACGACCAGCAGCAAUUGGCGUUGGCAUUACAGCAGCUCAUUAGCCACGGCGACAAUGCAGGCGCAAGCUUAGACGUGGCUGGAUCGGUGCUGGCGAGGAUUGCGACUCGACUGGUCGAGUCCUUCACCGGCUUCACGCUGUUCCUCUUCUUGAUCGAGUUGGCCGUCUUGCUAGCAGCGUUCCGGCGUCAGUUCUUCGCGCAUGCUGGGUAUGUGCUGGAUACGGCGGUUGUCGGAGUAUCUCUGGCGAUGGAGCUCUACGCGCAGUCGAAAGCUGUGCGGUUACUGGGGAUUCUGCGCGUGUGGCGCGUGCUGCGUUUGGUGCGGAGACUCGUCGACCAGGAACGCGCUGCGCACGACGCCACCCGUAUCCUGCUCGAGCAGGAACAACUGAAACUCCUCCACGUUCGGAUGCAGAAGGACGCAGCGCACGAGUCGCUCAAGCGCGAGUACGAAUCGCGCGCCGGCCUCGAGCAGCUUCUGCGCAGCUACAAGGACGAGAUCGUGACUCUCAAGGAGGCACUGCAGAUCGCUGCGCAGGCGGUGGCCGAGGCGACGAUGACUGCAAGUUCUCCGGUCGAUCCGAACGACCUGGCGGAGGAUGCAGUCGCCGGAGAGGACAAUGCAUAUCAAGUCCAGGACGCAGCUGCAGUGCAUCCAGCAGCGCUGCUCGAGCUAGAAGAAGAGCAGGGGGAUCAUCACCAAGAAACGGCUGCUCCUCAGGUUGCAGUACAUCCGACGGAGCUGCAGACAGAGCUUGAGCACGGACAGGAGAGCGAGAGGGACGAGUUUGAAGAUGCCGUGGAUGAAUAG